UACGUGUUAUGCUUCUGCUUCGUGAAGUACCCACACUCACUUCACAUGGUCUUCACUUCUUACGCUAGCUACAGGCCCUACUCAUUGACAUUUAUUAUCAUUAUGUGUGUUUAUAUAAACCCUAGAGCUAAAAACCCAAACAAAGCAUAACUCGUAAACCCAAAUUUUCAUCAUCAUUACUUGAGAUGUAUAUGUCUUCAUUGUCUCCAAGACUCCACAAAGCAUACAAAUCUAGAUGUGUUAGCUUACCGGUUCGGUCUCAUCCGAGUGUUAGGAGGAUUCAAGAAGUAAUCUCCAAAGUUAGAGCAUUGGGGUCGUCUUCGCUAGAGUCGAGGACCAUGGUUAGUGACGGGCUCUCUGGUCUUACCGAACUAUAUAGAUGUCUAAGUGAAGAUCUUUUCAAGUCUUCUUCUGAAACUCAACAAACUCUUCUAAACAGUGGCUUGAUGGAUGAUCUUCUUGAAGUGUCCCUGAAGUACUUAGAGGUCUGUGGAGGUGCUAAAGACGGUGCGUCGAGGAUAAAAAAGAGUGUUGUUGAGCUUCAGUCCGCUUUGAGAAGGAGCAAGAAGGGUGGUGAGUUUAACCUCGAGAACGACAUGGAUGCUUACAUGGCGUCAGGUAAAGAGAUCAAGAAGGAGAUCAAGAAGUAUAUGGUAAUGUCGAAAGAGACAGACGCAUGUUUGGAGAGUAGUGUUUGGCGUGGUGGUGAUGAUCAAGAGAUAAGUUCUUUGGUGAGAGUGAUGCAAGAAACAAGCGUGAUCACAUGUUUCGUCUUGCGCACAGUUUUGUCGUUUUUGUCGUCGCCAAAAGGGUUAAAGAGUAAGUGUCAUCAUCAACCCAAACGUUGGGGCAUUGUUAUGAAGCUUGUGAAGAAAGGGAUAGAUCAUCACAAUCAAGAGAAGAGAGAUCAUGAGAAACGUUUUUCUUGUCUCGAGCUUGAAGCUAUGGAAACUGAAAUUGGGAAGCUCAUUACAAGGGAAGAUCAAGAAGAGGAGAAAGAGAUUAGUGAGGAAAUAAGUGAAAGGAUUCAGUGUUCAUUGGUUAGAUCCAAAGAAGUAGAGGCAGCCAUGGAAGAGCUUGAAGAGGGACUCGAAGGAUUGUUCAAGGUGAUGAUACAAGCUAGAGUCUCUCUUCUAAACAUCCUAUCCACAUAAAUAACAUGGGACCAGAUCCGUGUUUAUUGUUCUGAAUCAAGAUGGAUCGUUUUGUUUUAAAGUCUUGAUUUGUCUUUGAUUUUCAUCUGUGUGUUGAGAGUUUAAACAUGCAUCCAUAUAUUAGAGGAUGUGUGUUUGUUGUAAGUUCAAAACUCAUCCAGGUUUGAACAACUCUUGUAAAGUUAUAUGUACUUAUAAAUAUCCAUAA